AUGAGAAGACUUUCAGUCUCAAAAUGGGUUUUAUUAUGCUUAAUCUUUACCCUGGUGUGUGGUGCUCAAACCGGUAUAGAAUCUAAGGUUUCAUCCGACAAUGAAGAUCAGCUGCUUUAUCAAUCUGAUUCGAAUCUUGAAUCAAACACUGAAAAUUCCACAGAAGGUGAUGUUUUAAAUUCUGAUGAUGCCACUGGCUCUAACUCGCAAGAUACACAAAAAUCCGAAGAUUCUGAAAAGCAACCAGAAGAUACUGUGGAAAGGUCCGAACAACAGUCACAAGAUUUAGGAUCAACAGUUACAACAUUCAAACCAACACCUAGCGAUUCUGACGACGACGAGUCUGAAUUCUUUGAUGCAUUGGAUGAUCCAAAGACCUCUUUUCCCCAACCUACAAUCUUUAAAACAGUACAUCUUGACCUGGACGUUAGUAGGGAUACCUAUGAUUUUUACUAUACAAAGGAUGUACCCUGGUCAACUUACACUCCUAAACUAGGUAGAGUGUUUGAUAAAGUGGAAAUAUCAGUUCCCUAUGUUUCUCCUAUGCUCAUAUGGGAACCCAAAUUACCGAGUGAGUGUUCCACUAAAGUUAAAGUUUUUAGUACAGAUUCAAUGAUGCUUUUUAUUGACAUUUCUAUUCUUGGCGGUGGUAGAAAGGUGUUUGGAAGACGUCCCAUGGGAACUUGGAGGGAUAUUACCUUUCCACCAGAUCUUAAACUCUACACACUAGACAAAGAUGGUAAAGAAGUUGAGUUGGAUCCAAGUAAUUACACAUUAAAAUUAGAUAUCGGAUAUAAAUCCGAAUACACCUUUGAUUUUAAGUCAGAUGCUAACUGCACUGAGAUAAGAUUUAAAAACGAUAUUGUUUGGAAGUACAAUUACACUUAUUGUAUUUCUGGAGGAUUGUACAAGAUUUCCACUUUACAUCCCACUUCUAUUAAAUAUACUAUAAGACUUUUUUUGGGGGAAUUUAACUUAACGUAUUCGGAAACUCACAGGUUCAAAGUAUUUUUCAGUGACGGUUCAUACUCUGACUUCUUUAUUGGAGAUAAACACUGGGAUCAAGUAAACGAUCAAUCAUAGGGGUUGAUUAUACCAACCAACUGUAUAUUUCAAUGGCUCCUGGUUCUGAUGAUAAACGACAAACACAGGAUCAAUAUACACAAAUCCAGGGCAAAACCGAGUAUAUUCUAGUGCCAGAGGCACCUAAAGCGUUUAAUACUAACAUUUUGUAACUAAUUUGACUUAAAUAUUGUAAAAUAUCUAUGGUUUAUAUAAGGUAACUUUGGUAAAACGGUUCAAAAUUUAAGUGGAAAGAGUAUUAAUAUAAUUAGUGGUAAGAAUUAUG